UUCACGUGUAUGAAGUGGGAUGAUGGCGAGGCACCCUACUUUGCCAGCUGGCUUGUCGGAGAGACGAGGCAACCGUCGAACGUCCUCCAUACCCACGUGACUCACUCUGUUACAACUCUCUCUCUCUCUAUCUCUCUCUCUCCCGUUUUUUUGCUUCUUCAAGCAGGCAGCUAGGUGUGUGUAAGCUUCUUCGACGUGUUCUUGCUUGGAAGGGAUUCAAAUCACUUUAACUCCACGGAUCUGCUUCCGGUGGUCACAUAGACUUUGGGAUCGAGUGAAAACAAAUGAAGCUUGUUAACAAAUAGUUUGUGGGCUCAAACUAUCCCUAAAUUAAGAAUGCCUUUUAUAGGUUGAGAAAUUGGUGAAAUGAUUUUACAUUUCAAAUAUUUACAAAAAUGGAGGAAACACGAGAUGACCCAGGGCCAGCUGAAAUAGGGUCCCAUAAUACCACGUAUUGGCCAUCAGAUAUCGUUAGCAAGUUUGGAUCUGUUUCAUUGGACUGCAAGGAUGAUGUUCUGAAUGCUAGAGGAACAAAUACCUAUGAGAACACUACCCCUUUGUCAUCUCAGAGAGCAUCACAGACUCUCUGGAGAACUGGACUGCUUUCUGAAAGAAUUCCUAAUGGAUUCUACUGUGUCAUUCCGGACACAAGGAUCAAGGAACUUUUUGAUGAUGUUCCAACUCUGGAUGAGCUAAGCUAUUUGUGUUUAGAGGGAUUUAAGCCUGAUGUCAUUCUUGUAGAUGCUGUGAAAGAUAAGAAGCUUUCAAAACUAAAGCAACUAAUUGUUGCUCUAGUAAGAGGUCUAAGCUUAAAUCCUGCGGCAAUGGUAAAAAAGAUUGCUGGACUGGUAUGUGAUUUUUACAAACGUCCAAACUUGGAACUGAGCCCGGCAAAAGCUUUGCAUGAGGAGACAUCUAAUGUGUCUGAAACUCAAGGUGUCCAAAUGCUAGGGCAAAUAAAGCAUGGUUCUUGUCGACCCCGGGCAAUCCUAUUUAAAGUUCUGGCAGAUGCUGUUGGUCUUGAAUGUAGUCUUGUGGUGGGUUUACGUACUGAGGCGGAUGAUGAGUGUCUAGACUCAAAUAAGCAUAUGUCAGUGGUGGUUGUAAUGAACUCUGUGGAACUUUUGGUUGAUCUGAUGCGUUUUCCUGGUCAAUUGAUACCUAGAUCAACAAAGGCUAUAUUUAUGACCCAUAUACCCGCUGCAGGGGAGAGUGACUCUGCUGAAAAUGAUUCAUGUGAUUCACCAAUGGAGCCAAAUAGUCCAUUGUAUGGGUUCACUGAUAAAGUUGACGAAAGUGCAGAGAAAGAUGGUAGCCUUCUCUAUCCCCGAAGACUAGAGUCAUCCUCAAAUCUAGCAGGACCUCCAGUGAGGAGUGUGUUGAUGAGGUCUUCAACAUCAAUUGAUAGAAAAUUAAGUAUAUCACAGAGUGAACCCAAUAUAGCUGCUACCUUUUGGCGGAGGAGUCGAAGAAGGGCUAUUGCAGAACAACGAACUGCUAGUUCAAGCCCAGAGCAUCCUUCAUUUCGAGGACGUGGGCGGUCUAUUCUUAGUGGGGAUAGGAAAUCAUUUGGAGUUUUUGCAGAUGAUAUAGCUACUUCAAGGUCAGAAGGUGCAUCAACAUCAGAACCUCGUAGGUUAAGACGAAGGAGCAUCAGUAUUACUCCAGAAAUUGGUGAUGACAUUGUCAGGGCUGUGCGAGCAAUGAAUGAAACAUUGAAGCAGAAUCGUCUGUUGCGAGAACAGGUAGAUGACAAAAGUAUCGGAGCAGACCAACAAAAAGAAGUAUCAAAUUUUGGUCAGCAUAAUCAUGAUAAGCCAUCUCUCAGAAGAACGGUUUCAUAUGCAAACUCUGCAGAGAGUUCUCAUAAAGCAAUAUCAUUGCCUACCUCCCCUCAUGAAUAUAGAAGCCAGGCAUCUCAGAAUAUUGGUACUUUAAAUUACAAUGCGAGUACUGAAACAGUCUCAACGUGGAAUAGAGUUCUCGAGUUGCCUUUGUUCCAGGACAAGCCUCUAUUACCUUUUCAAGAGUGGAAUAUUGAUUAUGAAGAAUUGACUGUUGGGACUCGUGUAGGGAUUGGGUUUUUUGGAGAAAUUUUCCGAGGCAUAUGGAAUGGAACAGAUGUUGCCAUUAAGGUAUUUUUGGAGCAAGAUCUCACUGCUGAAAACAUGGAGGAUUUCUGCAAUGAGAUAUCGAUUCUUAGUCGUCUAAGACACCCAAAUGUUAUCUUAUUUCUCGGUGCAUGCACAAAACCUCCACAUCUCUCCAUGGUCACUGAAUACAUGGAUAUGGGAUCCUUGUACAACUUGAUCCAUUUAACUGAGCAGAAAAAGAAACUUAGCUGGCGGAGGAAGCUCAAAAUGCUGCGUGAUAUUUGCAGGGGUCUAAUGUGUGUGCACAGGAUGAAGAUUAUUCACCGUGAUCUAAAAAGUGCAAAUUGUCUUGUAAAUAAGCAUUGGACGGUUAAGAUAUGUGAUUUUGGUCUGUCAAGAAUAAUGACUGAAACCCCAAUGAGAGACACAUUUUCUGCCGGAACUCCAGAGUGGAUGGCUCCUGAACUUAUUCGCAACGAACCAUUCUCAGAGAAAUGUGACAUUUUUAGCCUUGGAGUAGUAAUGUGGGAACUAUGCACACUAAGCAAACCGUGGCACGGCGUUCCACCAGAGAGGGUUGUUUAUAGUGUUGCUAAUGAGGGAUCAAGGCUGGAGAUUCCAGAGGGUCCUCUUGGAAGUUUAAUUGCAGAUUGCUGGGCCGAACCAGACCAAAGACCUAGCUGCGAGGAGAUUCUCACCCGCUUAAUGGAGUGUGAGUACUCACUUUGCUAGAGAAAUUCUCACGGGUAGAGUUGUUUUCAUCAUCUUGUAUUUUAAGUAAGUUCAAAUUGUGAAACAUUUUUGCUGCAAAUCUCUAAAUUUAUUUUGUUACAUUCGGGCGGCCGCUUUUGAUC